AUGGAAAAUUAUAAAAUAAGACUACAACUACGACAACAAGAACGACAAGAACAACAAAAACAAAAGCAACAACGUCAACAACAGCAACAGCAAAGACAACAACAACGGCAAAGACAAUGGCAACAACUACAGCAACAACAAUAUGAGCAAGAACAUGAACAACAACAACAACAGCAACAAGAACAACAAGAAGAACAGCAGCAAUAUGAUGAUAUAAUUUUCAAUCCAACUCAACAUCGUUAUCAAGGUGCUUCCGGUAAGGUAUCUUCUGAUGAGAAGCUUUUUUACGAGAAAAAUUUAUGGAAAAGUCAAUCUCUUGUUCCUAAUGAUAAGAUCUCAACUAAAUCUUACAAUAAUAUAUCUUUGUAUGAUUUAUUAGCUGGGGUUUUAAUAAGGGAAUGUAUCAAAAAUUAUUCACUUGAGUUAUCUAACAUUCCUUUAGAAUAUCUCAAGUUAAUAAUUUCAAAUAUAAUUAGGCAAAAUAAUAUUAAUUGGAAUAUUAAAACUUGGAACAAGUUUAGAUUAUGGUUUAAUCAAAAUAAUAAAAUACCUAAACAAAUUCAAAAAACCAGAAUUCAAAAAAUUUUAAGAAAGAAAUGGAAUAUAUUACUUGAAGAUAAUCCUUUUCAGAUUGAAGAUGGUUUUUUUAUGAUUGAAAAUAAUCUAACUAUUUCAGAAUUGAAUUUAAAAGAUUUAGCAAAGUCAAAAUAUAGAUCAACAAGACAAAAUAAUGAGUUUGCAAAAAAUCUUUAUAAUAAUCAUGGCUUGAAUAGUAUUAAACCAGUUUUUAAAACUCCUCAAGCUUUUCAAAUCAAGGAGUAUACUAAUAAUAAUAAAAAUGAUCAACGACGAGAUUCUUG